GUUUUAGUACUGACGUGACAGCCAGAGGGUGACAUCAUCGACGUUGUGAGCACGUACGUCGUUAAGUAACGAGAGGACGGGAGGCAAAUCAGAGUGGAGAACGGCCGUUUGUGCUGCUGGAGCUUCUCAGGGACUAUCAACAGGGAGCGCAACCGACGACUGAGCUCAGAGCUGGGGGUAUGAGAGCUGCCAUAAUCCGCUCCCAUCCUCCUCUGGUCGGUUUCUUGUCCGACUGACAACCAUCGGAUCAGAAGCUCCACUUAACCAGCUGUCGGACGAACCCGAUAUCGGAUCUACGUUGUCCGUUGAUGACAGUGACACCUCGCAACCAUGGAGCUGAGAGUGGGGAACAAAUACCGACUGGGGCGAAAGAUAGGGAGUGGAUCCUUCGGAGACAUUUACCUCGGUGCCAACAUUGCGACGGGCGAGGAAGUCGCCAUCAAGCUGGAAUGUGUGAAGACCAAACACCCACAGUUGCACAUUGAAAGCAAGUUCUACAAGAUGAUGCAGGGGGGAGUCGGGAUCCCGUCGAUAAAGUGGUGUGGCGCCGAGGGCGACUACAACGUCAUGGUGAUGGAGCUGCUGGGGCCCAGCCUGGAGGACCUUUUUAACUUCUGCUCCAGGAAGUUCAGCCUGAAGACGGUCCUGCUUCUGGCAGACCAGAUGAUCAGUCGCAUCGAGUACAUCCACUCCAAGAACUUCAUCCACAGAGAUGUGAAGCCAGAUAACUUCCUCAUGGGUUUGGGCAAGAAGGGCAACCUGGUGUACAUCAUCGACUUUGGGCUGGCCAAAAAGUACCGCGACGCGCGCACGCACCAGCACAUCCCUUAUAGGGAGAACAAGAACCUGACGGGAACGGCGCGCUACGCCUCCAUCAACACGCAUCUUGGAAUCGAGCAGUCGAGACGUGACGACCUGGAGUCCCUCGGUUACGUCCUCAUGUACUUCAACCUGGGCUCGCUGCCCUGGCAGGGCCUCAAGGCUGCCACCAAGAGACAGAAGUACGAGCGAAUCAGCGAGAAGAAGAUGUCCACACCCAUCGAAGUUCUUUGCAAAGGAUAUCCUUCCGAGUUCUCUACAUACCUGAAUUUUUGCCGCUCACUCCGUUUCGAUGACAAACCGGACUACUCCUACCUACGCCAACUGUUCAGGAAUCUCUUCCACCGACAAGGAUUCUCCUACGAUUACGUCUUUGACUGGAACAUGCUCAAAUUUGGCGCCAGUCGAUCAACCGAGGAUGGGGAUCGUGACAGAAGGGCCGGGGACGAACGAGACGACCGGAUUGGAGGAGCCCCCAGGGGUUCUGCGUCGCGGGGCCUCCCCUCGGCCCCCGCCCCAGGUGCUCCCAACAGAGUCCGGAAUGGACCAGAGCAAGCCAUCUCAAACCCGGCCUCACGGGUCCAGCAGUCUGGCAACACGUCACCUCGUGCAAUUUCCCGCGCUGAGCGGGAGAGGAAGGUGAGCAUGCGUUUACACCGUGGCGCUCCUGCCAACGUAUCGUCCUCUGACCUCACGGCCCGACAAGACCAGUCCAGGAUUUCCACGUCACAGGUCAGCGUGCCAUUCGAGCACAUUGGGAAGUGAGAUUUUGCAGCUCCUCAUGCACACACAUAUGACAGGGCUGCAAGGAAUUUUUGUCACUAUUUUUUUCUUUACCCCCAACGUUCUUUAUACUUUGUUUAUUGCAAAACUGUUCAAUGGACAUGCAGUUUUUUUGUUUUUGUUUUUUUUAAAUCUUUUUUCUUUUUCU